CCCCAUAUAGCUUGGGCUCCCUGUGUGAAGUAAAUAACAAAAUGGCGGACGCCGAAGGUGGUAGUGGGGUUUCUGCGAAGAUUAUUACUAGCGAAACGAUCAAUCCCGCUUAUAAAAGAAUCAAAUAUGGGCUUAGAGGACCUUUGGACCAACGGUCACAAGUCAUCGAGGAAGAGCUGGCUCAGGGACAAGCAAAGCCCUUUACAGAAGUUGUCAAACACAUUGGGGACCCCCAAGGACUUCAGGGACAAAAGCCAAUCACAUUUAUGAGACAGGUAUUAUGCCUAUUGACAUACCCAGAUUUACUCCAAGAUGAGCGAUUCCCCAGUGACGUUAAAAAAAGAGUUCGGGAGAUAUUGUCAGAGAAAAAUGGAGGAACCAUUAGUUCCUAUACCUCAUCCCAAGGUUUGAAGAUAGUGCGACAGCAGAUAGCAGAUUUUAUCUCCACCAGAGAUGGCUAUCCUGAAGACCUGUCAAAUAUAUAUCUGACAAAUGGCGGAGGGGAAGCUAUAAGAAUUGUGCUGAAAGCUUUGAUGACUGCAGAUCAGGAAGGCCCUGGUCGGGCCGGAGUGAUGAUCCCCAUCCCAGAAUACCCUUUGUACUCUGGACGUCUGCUGGAACUCAACGGCUACCAGAUACCUUACUUCUUGAAUGAAGAUGACAACUGGCAGCUUGAAAUGGGAGAGUUGCAAAGAGCCUUAAAUUCUAGUAGGCCACACUGUGUGCCACGUGCGCUGGUGCUCAUUAACCCUGGAAACCCCACUGGGCAAGUCCUGACGUACGAAAACAUCAGAGAAGUAAUCAAGUUUUGCCACCGUGAGCGCCUAGUUCUUUUUGCGGACGAAGUGUACCAAGAUAAUAUCUAUGCGGAUGGGUGUGCCUUUCACUCUUGUCGCAAAGUCUUACACGAUCUGGGCGAAGAAUACCGUGACUUCCAGCUCGUCUCUUUACACUGCAGUGCAAAGUCGCACUUUGGCGAGUGUGCAUUGAGAGGCGGAUACUACCAACUGACAGGAUUCGACGAAGACGUCAAAUCAUUUUUCCACAAUCGAAUGACGCUCUAUUCGUGUCCAAACAUUUACGGCCAGGUCGCGAUGGGCAUUGUGUGUCAACCGCCAAAACCUGGCGACGACUCCUACGCUCUUUACGACAAGGAAAGAACUGCUAUCCAGAAGUCUAUGAAGGAGAAGGCGGGAAUGACGACACGUUUCCUGAACUCCCUCGCUGGUAUACAGUGUAACACGGUGCAAGGAGCGAUGUAUGCCUUCCCAAGAGUGCUUCUCCCAGACAAGGCCAUACAGGCUGCUAAGGACCAGGGCUUGACCCCUGAUAGCUUGUACGCCUCUGAACUGCUUGAGGCCACCGGGCAGUUUGUUGCACCCGGAAGUGUAAUGGGACAGAAGGAAGGCACUUACCACUUCCGAAUAACAAUUAUUCCCCCGUUGGAGAAGACGGUUCACCAGUAUGAGCAAUUCAAGAGAUUCCACGAAGAUUUCAUGAAGAAGUACGAGGGCUAGAGGAAAUGGCGUCUGGUGAUAAAAUCAAGACCGGAGGAAUCCCUCCUGCAUAAUUACAGAAUUACAGGUGAAUCUCCCAACGGAAUAGCACCCUGAACGCAACCUCUCAAAGUCGCGAUAUCAAAUUCUUCAGCCAAAACUCUAGACCUAUUUAUAGUUAAGUACUUUAGAGUACGUUAAAUAUAAGCUGCAUUUUGAGUCUCCAUUUCGAGGGUGUUCCAUACGGAGGUUUAACUGUUAAUGCCUUUUUAUUUAAGCGAAGUAUUUCAGUAUAUGCAUGCACUAGUCCGGCAUAAAAAGGACCUGACGUUUUUGUAUGUAGUAUUCGUUGGAAAAUACAUUAGGUCAUCCGGAUUCUCAUUCUCCGAAAAAAUGCGAGACGACUGGGGACGAGUCAGGCACGAGGGACAUUUUCCUAGUACCCUAUGGAGGGGUAGGGGCGGGAAGGUAUUCCGUUCCGUGUAACCACUUGUCUACAACUUGUUCCUAAUAUUAGGUAUUAGCAGGAGCAGAAAACUUGUACUAGAUGCCCUCACUAAACUACAAAAUAAAACAUUCACAACUGA